GUCUGCUGUCACUCGGAAAGCCAGCAUCCGGAGCUGUACCUGAACGCAACCUGCCCACUUCCAACAUGGCGGCCCAACGGAGGAAUUUGAAGCAGAGUCAUCAGAGUUGGACCGACGACCUUCCUCUGUGCCAGCUCUGCGGCGUUGGCACUGCACCCAACUGCGAGUACGGCCCCGAUGGCAAAGGCACGCAGAGCCACCCCAAUGAGGACACGCAUCUCCGUUUCAGGAGCGAGGACGGCUGCUCCCUGUACGCCGUCUUCAACGGCUACGACGGCAGCCGAGUGGCCAGCUUUGCGUCGCAGUGUCUUACGGCCGAACUCCUGCUGGAGCAACUCAGCGCCGACCACAAGGAAAGCGACGUGCGCAGGAUUCUCACGCAGGCAUUCGAAGCGGUGGAGAAAAGCUACCUGCACACCAUCGACGACGCUUUGGCAGAGAAAGCUAACCUGUCCGGCUACAUGCUACCACAUAGCGAGAAGGUGCAGGAGCGCUUGAAGGAGUUGGAGCAGGAAGUGUCGGGAGGCGCCAUGGCCAUUGUGGCGCUCAUCCUUAACAACAAACUCUACAUCGCCAACGUCGUACUGCCCCGUAUGUUGUGGCACAAAGCGGUACUACACCAAAGGGGAAACUGCCGCCCGCCAUUUAGUUACACUGAAAUGUGCCCGUCUGAUUUGACUUUGAAAUCAAAAGAGCCAAGUACCAACCGAGCUCUGCUGUGCAAAACCACCAGCGACGGCCAGAACCAGUUCUUUCAGCUGGGCCGACCUCACAGCACCGCUAACGACGACGAGCUGCAGAGACUGGCCGCGCUGGGUUUGGAUUCGGCCCGCGUGAGGCAGGCGGGUCAGAUCGCCGGCCAGAACAGCACCAGGAGGCUUGGAGACUACCGGGUCAAAAUCAACUACAGUGAUAUCGACCUGCUCAGCGCGGCCAAGACGAGGCCCAUUGUAGCCGAGCCGGAGAUCCACGCUAGCCAGUCGCUGGAUAGCGUCACGGGCUUCCUGCUGCUCAUGUCGGAAGGACUCAUCGACGCCCUGGAGUGCGCGCACGGGCCCGAGCUCGUCAACAAGGAAAUCGUGGCCAUGGUGGCGGCCGAGCUGGCGCAGCAGAGCACCCUGGAGGCGGCGGCCCAGUCGGUGGUGGACCGCGUCAAACGGCUGCACCACGACGUCUACACGUCGGGCCGCCAGAGGGCCACCUUCUGCUCCCGCCACGAGGACAUGACCCUGCUCAUCCGCACGCUCAACUACCCGCUGGCGGACGGCGCCGCCCAGACGCCCACGCAAGGCGGGCGCAUCUACCCGGUGUCGGUGCCCUACUCCAACAGCCAGAGCACCAGCAAAACCAGUGUCACCCUCUCGCUGGUCAUGCCCUCGCAGAGCACCCUGACUAACGGGACCAACACCGGCUCCACCUUGGAGGAGGGAACCCCCACGCCCGGUAGCCAGAGCCCCACGGCCACGCUGCAGUCCACCAACACGCAGACGCAGAGCUCCAGCUCCAGCUCGGGGGACGGCAGCCUGUUCCGCCAGCGGGGCAGCCAGGCGGCGCAGCCCGACGAGACGGGACGCGUGCCGCCCUACGUGGACUUCACGCAGUUCUACCGCCUGUGGGGCGGCGGCGAACACGGCGAGGGGCAGAUGGCUCAGGGCGUCCCGGGACCUCAGUGAGGCCGGCCGGCGUGGCCGCCAUUCGCACUGUAAAACGGCCAGGAAGCCUCGGCCGCUUGGAAUUUUGCUGCCCGUCUUUGGAUUCCGACACGGAUCGCUCCAAACGGUUUGUGCUCGCCGCCAUCUUCAAGUGACUUCAAGGGACGGACGGACGGACGGACGGACGGACUCGGACUCGCUCCAAGCCUUCCGGAAGGAUAAAGGUGUCGCUAUCAAAAGAAGAAACUUGGACUUUAGUACGAAAUCAAUGCUCACGUUUGAUUGGCACCAUUUCAACAUAGGCAUUAUUUGUUGCCAAUAUUUUCACAUGCUCAUGGAAAUGACUUUGUCCUCCCAAAAUUGGACCCCCCACCCACCCCUUGAAAAACAGACAAUGGCUGUGAUACACAAGAACUUCAAAAAGAUCCAACAAUUAAUUUUUUUUUUGCCAACAUCGAGAAGACAUUUUUGGCUGGCAAGUACGUCCGAAGGUAUUUGUGAGUACGUUCAAAUAAACGUUGCUUUGGACCGGUCCUGACCCCGCAGCUCGUAUGCCUGACAAAUCGAUUGUCUCUUGCAAUGUAUGUACCUGAUAUUGUGACCAGAGGGAGGAGGGUAUGUCUCAUUUAAAUGGUUUGCAAAUGAGAUGACCUGGACUUGUUUUUACAUUUGAAUGUAUGUAUGCUCAAUGUACUUUUUUUUGUAUUAUGAUUCUAUAAUAAAGAGAUAUGUAUAUCACA